CAUUUUCGCACUCGAUCAACACACUGACGUAUGUAUAUUCGUGAUAGAACAGCGAAGGAAGAAGAGGGUGAUCACGACGAGAUAUUUCAAAUAUCUUCUGGAGCUCCAACAUGAUGACUCCAAAAGAGAUAAAGGAAAUAAGAGUUCUUCUGAACAAGUUAAAUGACGAAGAGUUAAUAGCUUUAAAAGACACUGUGACGAAACGACAAAUUGCUGUGGAGGACAGAAAUGACGCCACAAAAGCGAUUAUUGAAUAUUCUUCAAAUGCAGCAGAGUUACUUCGCCGCAGAAAAAUUCGACGAGACUUGCUUUUUCAAUAUCUAGUGUCCAAGUCCAUCAUCGUUGCACCAAAUGCAGAGAAACAUGUCUUGGUCAGGAGCAUACUGACUUACUGGGGUUCUCAGCUGCCAGCUGAUGGAAACCUUACGGACAUUGCCUCUGAUACCUGUUUGGCAAACCCUGCUUCAGUGAGAUCCAACUCAGCAACUGCUGCUGAUUCAUCACAAACAACAUCAGUUCAGGCUGCUAAUCUCAACCGACUAGGACAAGAGACACCUGUGACAGGAGGGUCUCACCCAAAUUCAGAGAGUCAAGUCAUGGGAGAGAAGUUUGUAAUCUGGUUUUACAAACUGCUUAACGCUGAGAAUCCCUUGGUAAGUGGUGCUGCUGAAGCAAACUUUGGCCCUCAGCAUUUUUGGGACAAUUGCUCCCUAAGGAUUAUCAGCAUGACUCAGAACAGUUCAGAUGAAACAUUCACUGGUAGCAUGCUUGUCUCACAGCGUUUGAAAGCUCUUGUCAGAGAGGAACACCUUUUGUUCAACCCAAAUGUCAGCAAGGAAGGUGUUCGCACAACCACAAGUCCUUAUGGCCUCUUCAUGGUGAUGGUGUGCGGAACCAUUCAUCAGCACAACAACUGCCUUGGUGUAUUUGAACAAAUGUUUGGCAUUGUCCGUGACCCAAGCACAGACAACAGUUGGAAAAUAAAGGUAACCAACCUGCGUGUGAUCAGUGGUCAGACAAACACCAUUCCUAGAAUAAGAGAGACAGCAGACCAAGAAAUGCUGGCUAUUGCAGGUGCAAGCAUGCCCAGUCCUGUUGGGAUGCCAGAAUAAGGCAAGAAAAAUCUUUAGACUCCCAAGUGAAAAAGUGAACCUUGUUAGUGCAACAUACUGAAAAGCAUUAUUGCAGUCACUCGUGGGCAGAAAAAGAUGAACAGUUUAUGAACAAGUUAUGUCCAAGCUACAACAAGGGUUAGAAUUCACACAACAGAUCUUGUGAUAGUCAAGAUGUGGUAUUCUGUACCAUCUCUUCUGUUUGCCAAAUGUUUGAGGUGUAGAUGUUUGAAUUUGAGAGGGUUGUGUGUUAUGCAAAUAUAAAAAAAUGUAAGCAUG